GCCCCCCCAUCCGUGUGAUGACGAUGGAUUAACUCAGUUGUAGUGGAAAUCCAUUUUCAACAUCGGUGGAAGGAGGGAGUAGAUAAGAGCGAUGGAUGGGUGAUGGGUUUGUUAGUUACCUGCAGCACUGUGGCCUGUAACAAUCCAGGUUCUAUGUGGCUGGCUUUUUGGCUAUUUAUGGGCGAGUGAGUGGGACGUUUGAGGUUUUCUCAGCGCAAACGACGAUGAACGUGGAAAUGUCAUUGCAGGGCGUUUUCAAUUAUUAUGAUUGUGCGCAAAUAGGGGCAUAUGCUGGUUUCUGGCAAUGCGAUGUGAGGGACAAGAGAUAUCAUAGCAGGAGAUAAUCUGAUGUAUCAUAUCGUCAGGGAGGGAGGGAGAGAGGGAGGGAGGGUGAUGAAGGUUGGAUUACCUGCCGCCAUGGUCCUCGUGCUCCUUAAUCCUUUUCUCUAAUCCUUAUUAACUGUUGCAAGUGUGGUUGGUCGCUUUGUCCGCCGGGCUGCCGUGCGAAGCAGCCGUUGCUGAAUGACAUUGAUGGUGCCGAUUCGCCCUUGACGGAACUGGUUCCCGUAUUGCAACAAUAGUUUUUGUAUGAUAGUUGUUUCGCACACCGCUCCUGCCUGGCGCUCCGUCGGUUGUGCUAACGUCCCCUCCUACAGCAAUGUCGAUUUCAGCAGCGUUUGCGCUUGGCAAUGUAAUUCGCAAGAAAGGGAGGCUGAGGAGAUUCCAGCAGGAGGGUGAGCGAGGAUGAUGGUCAUCGGCUUCGGCGCUCUAACGCAGCAGAUGGAGCCGCUGGAACAACGCAGCGUGCGGAUGAAUGAUCUCUCUAGACUAAGUAAGCAAGGAGUCCGAUUCUGGCGAUCUCCUUCGCAUUCAUUGCUAACUGCUUGUUAGCGGAAGUGCCGUCGUUUACCCUGGCUCAGAUUCACGACGAACCGAAGGCGUGCAGAUACAGAAAACUGUAGUGUAGAACUUGGAAGGAUAUCGGUAAAACUUUCAAAAAUAAAACUAAAAGAGGUGAAUGCAACAACUGAAGGGCGUUGGAUAGAUUUAGAAGUUCCGGCAUUACAAGGGAUGCUGCGUGCUCUUCCGGGGUUUAAAUGGCCAUGAACAGGGAAGGUGUGGUGAAGAGGGAAUCAGAGGCGAAGAGGGAAGGAGGAUUCAGCACAUGGCUGCAGCAAGUGAGACGAUCUGGAGAGUAUAGCGAUGUCACCGUGCGAGUGGAAGGGGAGGAUUUUCAUGUACACUUGCUGCCGCUUCUCAAUGCAAGUGCCUACUUUCGCAACGUGACCAGCCACCCGCAUUGGUCCUCGGGGUGGUCUUCUGAUGCCAGUCACCAGGGAUCCAGAGUCAUUUCUCUCCCCAACUUACCAGGUGGAGCGGAAGGGUUUGCAGGAGCUGUUGAUUACUGCUACCUCAUCAAACCCAACUACACAAUCCAGAACGUAGCGCGCAUUCGCGCCGCCGCGGAGUACCUCGGCAUGAACGAUGUCUUAGAGAGCACUAAGAAAUUCCUCUACCAAAACAUAUUCGCGCACUGGCGCCCGAGCGUUGGCUGCCUCCUGCAGUACCAUCCCGUAGGCUCCCCGGUGGACGAAUACAUCGAGACGCGCUGCUUGAAAGUCUUGGUCGCUGCCUUAGCCCGUGCAUUCGGUGAGACGAAGCACCUAUCUGCGCCCAUGCCGCUUAGAGCAGGCAAUCUACAGACCUCCCCAUGCCAAGUGCUCUCCGAGAUUCUGGUCAGGACUGCUUCCUUACCAGACGCGUAUGCUGCCGAAGCGCUGGAUGCACUGGUAGAAGCAGAUGUGAACUUGAACCUGAAAUGUCGCCAGGGACGCACCGUGCGCAGCUGGUUAGAUAGCGUCAUUGACGACCAGUGCACCACAGACAGAGCCAGAUGCUCGGUCGUGCUCUGCCUUGCCAGGAUGCUCUUGCGGGGCGCACCUGUUUGUCGACCAUGGCUGGAGCUUUCUUCUCAAUACUGGUGUAGUCUCUUGGAGCAUGUGGACCAUCUCGUGUCUUUGGUUGGUGACGACGAAGACAUGCAGGAGAAGCUGCUGGACGUGAAAAGAGUGAUUGAGCGGCGGGUAGGGGUGAGCCUCGACGAGCUGGACGAUUAUCUGCACUCUUACAAGCUCGGGCCGGAUACUUUAAUGGCGAUGGUGGGGUACUGGUUGGACGAGGGGCACCCGGAUCCGGCGUCUUUUGAAGAGAUUGCUGGUGAAGUUGACGGGUUUUUGUGGACGUAUGCGGAGGCGGGAGCAAUCGAUCCUGAGACGUUUGUGGCUCUGUUCAAGGCCUUCCCAAAUUCUUCGCGACAAUCGCACGACACCAUAUUCGGCGCAGUCGAGAAGCUGUUGGCGACCAGGCCGGAUGCCUCUCCCGAAGAGAAGCAGAGUUUAUGGCGGUUAAUCGAUCCCGCCAAGCUUAGUCCGGCUGUGAACGAGAGGGCACUCAACAAUCCUGGAUUCUUGAGUCAACCCCACAUCCUAGAGAUAGUCCUCCAAAAGCACAGUGAAGAGCUAGCAAAGAUGCCUGACACAGAUGCGCAAAAUAUGAGGCAUAUCAUGCAGAAGGUGAUCAACGCAAGUCUGAAGCUACUGGAGGAGAAUUCGCGACGGUCUCAAGAGAUCAUGGAGCUUCAGCAACAAUACUCUGCGCUCAUGGGCGGAAAGAUUUGCCACUUGCAAGAUAGCUGUGAUAACAGUCCGAGUCCUUGUUGGAGACCGAGUUUGACGAUUACUCACAGGACCACGCAAAGUGAAACCGAAGGCUCAGAGUACUCCGAGACGCCGUCGUUGGCGACUGUCAGCUCAAUAGAACCCCGACUGAAUUUGCGAGAUAUCUACUCACUCGGAACCUAGCCACCUGCUUGGAGAAACGAAUUGACAGUACAUCUACAUUUGUCCGAACAGCUCUGAUGGCUUUUUAAUGUACAUCGUACAGCAACUCAAUAGACUAGACGUGCUGCACUCCUACCACCCACCUGGUUGAUGGAAGUUAUUCGCCAUCUUUCACGCUCUAGCUGGCAAACUUCAGUUUCAGGGUGCUUUCGAAAUUACGUACGUAUCGCCUCAAUCGCAACAUUACCUUAAAUCUUCCUAUUGAGGACUUGAGAGGAGAGGCUCUUAGCCCUUUGGAAGCUUGAGCAUGAGAAGGAAGGCCUAUCACCUCGAUAGGAAGGACUGUCUGGAAGCGGCUGGCUAGGUUUCAAGGAUUUCCAAGGAGGGAUCGUGCGGCGAACCCUCCAUGUUUGACUCCCUUUUUCUGCGCUCGAAAGCACAACUUGGAUUUGAGUAGAAACCUCAAGGUUUUGAGGAGGGCAUCAAGGUCUUUUCCGCUUAUAAACCGCUAACACUUCUGCGGCACAAAAGACAUCAUGCAGGAGUUAAGUAAUGGGGAAGUGUUUGAUACACAGUUGGUUGAUAAAUACGCAUUUGGCGGCACACCCAACUUGUGCAAACAAUUCAGAUCGGCUUUCUCUGUGUAGAGUAGAUCGCUUGUGUCGAAUAGAAAGACGGCAGCAACAAUUUCCAAACAUGUUGCAACUAAUCCAUGACUUAAAAAGCAUAUGCUUGGUUACAAAGAUAGUGCAAUUGAACCAGCCUGUGUAACCAACUUUGAGUCACUUGGCCCGGAUUGCCAGUAAAACAAGUAGCGUAUGAUCUUGUGACAAUUACUAUUCGUAGAGCGGAUUCGAAAUUGUUGAACUCUUAGAUGAUGAAGAAGAAAAAUCUGUGCAUUAUCUAUCGCCAAAGCAGACUCAUUCAUUCCAAGAGUCCUUGGCUUCUUCCACUGUCGACCCCUCAAGUUUUCGCGUUCUCCUUACCAAUUGCAAAUUUGCAGCUUUGAACA